GCCUCAACAGCCUGUCAUGUGCUACAUGUCCGUCCGUGUAAGUGGUGUGUAGAUAGAUGGUGGUGAUGGUGAAGCAAUCAUGCUUGAUAUAUACUCCAGUAUGCAUCGUGCAUCGACGUAGAUAUGCUAUAUAUGCGUACACACGAAAGCUAGGUAAGCAGCGGCGACGCAGAAAGGCCGGUUAUCCAAGACACCCACGCAUGGCGCCGGCCAAAGACGACGCUGCCGACGGUGAAGAGAAAUCAGUCUUCCGGUGCCUUGAUGCGGCGCGCUACGUGGUGGCUGCCGUGGUGACCGUGCUCAUCGUGACGGUCAUCGUGUAUGCCAUCACGGUGGUGUUCCGUCCCGGCAACCUCCAUCUCGGUGUCGUCGGAGGCUCUGUCUCCGUCUCCACUUCGGGGGGUGAGAGGCUGAAGAGGCCGUUCAACGCCAGCUUCCACGGUGACAACCUCACCUUCUCCUUCACCGUCCGGGCCUUCAACCCCAGUGGCCGCGUCAGCAUCUACUACAGAGCCAUCACGGCCAUGCUCAAGAGUAACCUGUCGUCGAGCCCCUUCCUCUAUCUGAAAUUGCCCGACAUGGCCUUGGGGCCGCAGGUGAUGGUGGACACCAACCUUCUGAUGAAUACGUUCGUCAAAGGUACGGAUCAGGCCUACUACUUCAAUCUGUUGGGCAACGGCAGCAGCAUCGACGACGCGCUGAUUGUGCUGAACGGCAGCCGAUUCGACGAGGUUAACUCCGGGCACUACACCAACGUCAAGGAGCCUGAUGUAUACUACUGCUCUCAUAUCACCGUCGGCGGUGAUAAGGAAGACGACGGCACGGCCGCAGACGUGCGGUGCAAAGAUGAGAAUCAGCUGGGCAGCAGCUAGACGGCAUGUACAAUGGAUGGAUGUGUCCAAGGAUGAUUAUUACCUACCUUUUUUCUCUUCUUGAUUCAUUUAGUGGUCUUUUAACUGACGUUGGUGUCAAUGGUUGAUGUAACUCUUUCUCUUUUCAAUGAGUCAUGUUGUGUGCAGUUAUUA